AUGUCAAAAGCAAUGUUGAAUGAUCUUUCUGAAGAUGUAUUAAUGGACAUAUUUUCAAGAUUACCUGUUAAGACACUCCUGCAAUUCAAGUCAGUUUGCAAAUCGUGGUAUGAUAUUAUCAAAGAUCCCAUCUUCAUCACCAAGCAUGUUAACCGAUCUAAUCAUAGCAACAAUGGCUAUGUGGCUGCCACAUGUCGUGAUGACACUUUUCAUGGUUCAUGUAAUGGUGUCUUGUGUCUAAAUGGUUCUAAAAUCGGGGACAUGAAUUUUUUGUUUAAUCCUGUCACUGGUGAAUUCAAAGAACUCCCAAAACCUGAUUAUCCAGUAAACGAACUUGGUGAAGAUAAAAUAGUUGUACAUAUUGGUCUCGGAUUUGGUCACGAUCCAAAAACCAAUGACUACAGAUUGGUAAGAAUUUCUGAUUCUAAGAAGAUGAGAGACUCAUUUUAUUCUGGAGUUGAUGUGCACUCAUUGAGUACAAAUUCUUGGAGAAGAAAGGAUAGACUUGUGCAUGGAACCAUUGUGGAUAAUUCUUUUUCCAAGGGGGACUUAAAUGGUGUGUUACAUUGGAAGGGUGCAAUUGGGAAAAAUAAGGUGAUUCGUGACAUUAUCAUAUCGUUUAAUAUUAGAGAUGAAGUGUGUGGGUACAUAAAGUUGCCGUCUGGAAUUGAUCCUUAA